AUGAUUAGACUCAACAAGAAAGUUACAAAGGCACUACCAGCCAACCGGGCAACUUAUGAUGAAGAAGCUGCGGCUCUACAUUGUAUGACUCUCAGUGAAAAGUUGGAUUUCAAGAGAACGCUGAAUCAGGAAAAAAUAGCAUUAAGUACGAAGCUCAACGUGCAAGGUGGAUCCAAGACCAAAACUCAGUUUGGAACUCCCAUCAGCAACUCCCACAUCUCAAGAUUGCCACAGGAGGUACUCCUUCGAAUCGCGAGCAACUUAGACUUCCAUGGAAGCCAGAACAUAGUAUCAUUAGCGUUGACUUGUCGAAGCUUUUACCUUCUCUUUAGUGACGAUAUCAAGCGUGUGAAUCUCAAGCAGUUGAUAUGCCGCUGUACGAACAGCGAUCUCCCACAACAUGAUAUGGAUCAUGAGGAUUGGACCGGUCUUGAAGGAUAUCUAUAUGCUUCUGGGAGACAUGAUCACUGCUGCCCACGUCAAUCAAAACUCAAGGACUGUUAUUAUUGGUCUCCUCGGGAUCGCCUUCAUCUGCCCUGGCCAAUUGAAACUAGAGGGCAAACUACAAUUCGAAUCAAGAAUCAAGAAGAGGCUACCAGAUCUCUUUGCCAUGCUCUCUCAGUUGGACUUUUCAUCAAAGUUUCCGCGCUGUGCGAUACGAAAACAGAUUUCUUCAUCGGCCGAGCAAAGACAUGUCACUACGCGGUCCCAAGUCUCAAAAGAAAAGAAUACAAGGCAAUUUAG